UUAAAAAUAUUUUUUCUAGAAAAAGCGGAUUUCCAACUGUCAAAAUAUUAUUUUAAUUUCAAACAUUUUCAAUUGUUUAGUCUAUGAGUUUUAUGAUGGAAAAAAUUACGUUUUGUAAAAACUGGUCAUUUUUGAAAACGUUUACAAGAAACCACAGUUCAAAAGAAUGGCUAUUACGACAAAAAACUGAUCCAUAUGUCGAAAAAGCCAAAAUAAAAAGUUAUAGAUGUAGAAGUGCGUUCAAACUAUUGCAAAUGGAUGAUAGAUUUUCUAUAUUGAAACCAGGCCAGUGUGUAAUAGAUAUCGGUGCAGCUCCAGGUAGUUGGUCACAAGUAGCUGCAUCUAAAAUUAAUUCAACUUCUACUAAUAGUGAAAUUCCAACAGGCUUACUGAUUGGUAUUGAUCUUCAACAAAUGUAUCCGAUAGAAGGAGUAACAUUAUUAGGAAAUUCUGAUUUCACAUCUCCUAAAACUUGGCAAAAAAUAAAAGAAUUAUUAAAUGGUCGUCCAAUAGAUGUUGUUUUAAGUGAUAUGGCACCUAACGCUUCAGGAGUAAAACAUUUAGAUCAUGAUUUAAUCAUAAAAUUAGCCUAUUCAGUAGUUAAAUUUGCUGUUUUAAAUUCAAAUGUUGGUGCAACGUGUUUAAUUAAAAUUUUAGAUGGUAAUCAAAAUUCAGAGCUUGAAAAUACUUUAUUAAAAUUUUAUUCAAAUGUAAAAUUUGUAAAACCUGAAGCUAGUCGAUCAGAUUCAGCAGAAAAAUAUUUACUUGCUCGUGGAUUUAAAGGACUUAAACAAAGUUAACUUCUGUAUAUGUUAUAUGUCUAUAAAUAAUAUGUAAUAAACAUGUAUGUAUAAAUGUAAUAUAAUAUUUUCUUUAAAA